GUCAUUUUGCCUCCGACGAAGAUUCUGCUAGGAUCGAAAGCUUAGGCCCCUUUUUGACUUCAUAAUUUACUCCAUUGGCUCUCUUUUAUUAGAUAAGCAGUUUUCAGCAGCUUCUUUUUGCCAUCGAAAUAUAUUUUUUUCAGAAAACGGACAGAUACUACUUUGUUGUAAGAAAAUAAGAAAUGAUCAUAGUAGUUGGUAAUGGCUGAAGCACACUGGACCUGUCAACAUUGUACUUUCUUCAACCAAAACAGUGCAUCGAAAUGCCAAGCAUGUGACUCAGAGAGGAUAGAUUUCGGAGAUGUAUCAACUCCAAAUGAAGACGAGUGGUCUUGUCCUAUGUGCACUCACAACAACAAAGUUGACUUGUUAAACUGUUCAGCCUGCUUGAUUCGAAACCCUCACGCACCAACCUUUGAAUACCAUGAGUAUGCUGUUGCUCUAGAUGAGCCAACUGGAGCUACAUCAUUAGAUAUCGUCGACAGUGACUGGGUCUGUCCAGCUUGUUCAAGAUCCAACCCUGUGACGUCACUGAACUGUGUCCAUUGUCAUGAUGACCAGUGGGUUGAUGUGUGGUCGUGUCCACAUUGUACCCAUCAUAACCCGAUGGACAGCGUGAUUUGUUUGGCGUGUGAACACGGUCAGCAGUUGCUCUCGGCCGGCGAUGGGCAUGAUGGACCACAAGUCCAACAUCUUGCAACUGGCCUCGCUGGAAUGGAAAUUUCCACACACAGGAAACCCACUAAACUUGAGAAACAUUUGCAGGAUAAAAUUAUUGGUCAAAAGCACGCUAUCUCUUUGGUGGCACGAACUAUCAGACGGAAGGAAGGAGGUUGGCAAAGUGAAGACAAACCGCUGGUAUUCCUUUUCUUGGGAUCAUCUGGUAUUGGGAAAACCGAAAUGGCAAAAGCAGUGUCGACUUACCUGAAGCUCAAAGAAGCUGGUUUCAUCAGAAUUGACAUGUCUGAAUAUCAAGAGAAGCACCAAGUCAGCAAAUUCAUCGGGUCUCCUCCCGGUUAUCUUGGUCAUGAUGAUGGAGGUCAACUAACAGAGAAACUCAAGAAGUUUCCGAAAGCUGUAGUCCUCUUUGAUGAAGUUGAGAAAGCGCACCCAGAUGUCCUUACUAUUAUGCUACAGCUUUUUGACGAGGGAAGGCUGACCGACGGAAAAGGUAAAACUGUCAGGGGUGAGAAGGCUAUAUACUUCAUGACAUCAAACCUUGGGAGCAAUGCCAUCACUGACUUCUGGAAGGAAACAAAGAAAGGCACAGAACAAGUGAAAAUCCCUGAGAACUUCAAGCAAGAUGUCAUUCAGCCUAUUCUCAAAGAUCACUUCAAGAGAGACGAGUUCCUUGGCAGAAUCAAUGAAACUGUCUUCUUUCUUCCGUUCACCGAGCAAGAUCUUGUUCAACUUGUUGAUAAAGAAAUGGUUAAAUGGGCAAAACGUGCAAAGAGUAGGCAUGAUAUAAAAUUAUCAUGGGACCCAUCUGUUCUGAAAGUUUUAGCAACUGGUUACAAUGUUGAUUACGGGGCUCGUUCCAUUAUACACGAGGUAGACAGAAGAAUAGUCAAUAGUUUGGCAGAACUGCAAGGUGAAAAUGAAGAUAUCGUGAAAGGUAGCAAGAUCCAUAUAUCAGUUGUUAAAGACAGAGGCUCCGUGGAUAAUAACUCGCAGUGUACAUCAUCAGCAGCCAACUCUUCAUCAGAGAUGAUGACGACGAACCCAGAUCAUAAGACAGAGAGCGCCACCUCUCGAGCUGCUUUGAAGAUGGAGGUGCUUGAUUGUAAUAAUUGUGUGAGGAAAGAAAUCCGAAUUUGAAAACGUUGAUUCAAUAUUGUUGAUAACACAGUUCUGACAUAUAAACAGUACAACGAUGAUAUAGAAUUUGUUAUAUUAUGGUAAAACUGUUACCCUCUGAAAUGAGAUCCGUACACAUGAGCCCGUUACUUACAGACGGAACAUUUUAAUCGAUGUUUUCUCUGAUUGUCUCUACCUUAAAACCUUCCUUUCAUAUUUCUCCACUUUAAUUUUAUGAGAUUAUUCGCUUUUCAUAGAGAAGCAUUAUAUGACGUCAGGUGGGUUCUUAUAAAAAGGUGUGGAAUGAGAUAAAUAUUUCAAUGAAGGUUAAACGAAAACCCAUCAAGGAAUAAUGAGAGAUAUUGAGUUGUGACGUUGUAAUUAUUUUGUGAAGUCACGUGUAUAGAGUCAUCAUGUUCAUAGGCUGAAAGGUGAUUUUAUGAUAGUUGUAUCAUGGACCUACUCAUUAGCUAUUCGAUGAGUGUCCAUCUCUAAUAGGUCCAUGGUUGGAUGUAUUUUGGUAAUAGAAUUAUGAAUGAAAUAAUAAAUCUGAUCAUUGAAUGCACAUGACAUAGUCGUUGGAAAAAUUCGUUGUUUUCAUUAAUAUUCAUAUAAUCGGGAAAAGGGGUAAAUGAAAGAUUCGUGAUCAUGCUGAAAAGUCUACGAUUUAUCAUUAAACAUGUUUAUAAUUAUAUAUCAUAUCGUUCAACUUAAAAUGUUGUAAUUGAGUCCUAGUUUAAUUGAUAUCAUAUCUAAAAUCCAAAAACAGCGAAUGUUUGUAGAAUUGUGUAUUUUCAAGUUUCUUUUAUCUUAAUGUAUUUAGAAGACAAGAUUCUCGUGACCUCAUUUAAUGGGGUCAAGGAAGGACAGAUGAGAUGAAAAUGUAGGUAUAGACGGAUUCUUCCAAAAUUAUAAAUAAUAUUUAAUCAAAUAUUGAUACUGCAUUGGUCCUUGCCCAGCAGUACAUUAAAUCUUCCGAAUGCAAUGUCUUAUAAUAAUAUUAUCCAACAAUUACAAGGUAGGAGUUUUAAUCAAUAUGAUCUCCAGCAUCUCUCAUAUUAUUUCACUUUUAACUUUAGUUCUUCACAUUAAAAAGAGCAAUUAUCAGCCAAGUGCCUAUAGUCAUCGUUAUUCUUCUUAUUUAUGUAUGGACAUACGUUUAUCAACUACGUAUUCAUAUGAUUGUAAGAUGCUACAUGGAAUGUAGUGUCUUCUUAAAACCAAACCAAAUUAAAUCAAUUCAAAAUUAAUGAAAACAGGUAUAAAUUUGUGUUGUUAUUCGAAAUGUCUCUUGAAUUUUGAAUUGAUGACAUUUCCAUAACAUUUGACAAAUAGUAACCAAUGUAAAGUUUUAAAGGAGUAAAAAAAAAUGCAAUUGUCUCUUAAGAAGGCACUCUGAAAAAUAAAAGACGAUAACUGACACGACUCCACCUGGGUGGAACAAUGGUGAAAAAUUAGAUAAUAGUUUGUUGGAAAUCUAAAUUAAGAUGAUUUUAAUGCAUUUUUUUGUUUCAUUCUGCUCUGUUGCCUGGGAAAUUAAUGAUUAUUUGAGGGGUCCACACAAUACAAGCACUGCUUUUUAGUGGAUCCCUCCAUUUUCUCAGAAUUUUAUUUUAUAAUGUUUAUGAUAUUUUGCUUAUAAUACUCUGUUUUGUUUUACUUUUACUUAUAGAUAAAUAUCAAAUAUUGUACAUGCCUCCAUUUAUUUUGUCUGUAUAAGUUUAUUGUAAUUAUUUCGACCACAUUACUUUGUUCUGGUGAAAAUGAAAUAAAAUAAAUUGAAUUGAAUUAAAUGAAAUGUUUAACUUUCGGGGGUCAAUAACAAAGUCCUGAUUAUUCCCCCAGUGCCUAACUUUCUGCUCCCAAAUUCAUGACUUGAUUUACUUCAUUAAUUCAUAAAUACCCAUAUCAAAUCUAUAUAAAAUACAUAUAAACAUCGUUUUUGUAUUAUUUCAAAUAAAUGUCUCCAUGAAAUCUACAACGUCAUAUAAGCCCCAGCAUCUUCAUAUCUGUAUGCAUUGGUAUCAUACUCUCCUGAAAUUCCCAAUUGUAUUAGACAGCUAGGCUACUCAUCGUUAGAUCCUUUAGAUCAUAUGUUCAUUCCAGGAGCCGGUUAAUUAUGACUUUGAUUUAAUUUCGAAGCAAGCAAUCAAUACUGAUUUGUGGAUUGACAUUGGCAUGUCAACAUAACAAUAUGUUAGACCAAACGACAAUGAAAACAAAGCGCACUUCUUCCAAUGAAAUGAGUCUCAGGCGGUAUAUAUGCAAAAUAUAUUUUUUUCUAAAAAUCUUGAAUCGUGCAAAAGCGGUCCUUAGGAGGAAGACAUAUUCAUAAAUAUGAUAUGAAUUUAAACUAUUCAGUUAAGAUAAAGUGAUACAUUAUAAUUAUCAUAAUUAACACUUGGUGUAUGGUAAACCACUUUUGUAAUUACUGCAGAAUUGUUUGUUAAAUACGUACACUGAUUUUUUUUUUCGUUUUAAAAUCAUUCCAUGAUCACGAAAUGUUGAUCUCAUCAAGUAACUCUAUUUUUUUUAAUUAAGAUCUGGGUCUGACCUUUGUGUGAUUACUUUGUGCUCAAUAAACACCCCUUUGAUAUCUCAAACAGAAAUAAAAACUUGCCACAACUAAUUUCAUCACGAGAAAUCGUUCAUUAUGGAGCUGUGUUCAUUAAAGAAAGGUUUU